AUGGAAGUUGUCCGCGUGCUGGUUGAGCACGGCCACUCCAAUGUCAAUGCACAGAGCCGUGCGGGGGAGAACGAGUUUGAUCGUGACGUGGCGCCGCACCUCUACCUCAGCGAAGACGAGAUUUCCCGAGUCGCUGGACGAAACACGGCGUUGCACGAAGUGGCAAAAGGAUGUCACUGGUGGCAGGUCGGCCAAGCACUUCCGUAUCUCUUAUCCAUGGGUGCGGAUAAACAGAAAGGCAACGAAGAGGGUGCAUCACCUUUAGAUCUUUCCUUGGCUUGGAGAAAGAGAUAUAUUGACUUUUCCGUGCCUGAAACAUUUGCGCACGAGGCAAGAGCUUUAUUACGAGAAGAUUAA